CGUGCGCCGCACUUCCGGUCGGCCAGACACGCCACUGUUCAAUCUGUUACAUGCGCACUGAGGGCGGAUGAAGAUGGAGCGGUAAAGUUCAUGAUGUGUGUGUCCUAUGUGGAGAUUUGGAAUAAAGUGAUCGAGGACAGCAGCUAACCCACGUAUGGCCUGCGAGUCGGCGUUACCUGCCAUCAUGGACGAGCAGGCCCUCAUGGGACUGAACCCCAACGCUGACGCUUGCUACAGGCAGAGGGCGCUGGCAUAUUUCGAGCAGUUGAAGGUGUCUCUGGAUGGAUGGGAGGUGUGUGCUGAAGCCCUCGCUAAAGGCGUUUACAGUGACGAUCAUGUGAAGUUCUUCUGCUUUCAAGUCCUGGAGCACCAGAUCAAAUUCAGACACGGGUCGCUUUCUGCAGCUCAACAGCAACUGAUUCGAGAGACUCUGAUGAAGUGGUUGCAGACUCAGCUGAUGAACGUGCAUCCAGAGAAACCCUUCAUCAGGAAUAAGGCGGCGCAGGUUUUCGCCCUGACUUUUGUGAUGGAGUAUCUGACUUUAUGGCCUAAAUUCUUCUUCGACGUCCUGGCUCUGGUGGGUCUCAGUCCAAAUGGUGUGGACAUUUACCUGCGGACACUGAUGGCCAUCGAUGCGGAGGUGGUGGAUCGGGACAUCCUACACAGCCCUGAGGAGACUCGUAGAAACACUCUGAUUAAAGACGGCAUGCGUGAGCAGUGCAUCCCGGCUCUGGUGGAGUCUUGGUUCCAGAUACUGCAGACGUACCAGCACACACACAGCGAGCUGACCUGCCAGUGUCUGGAGGUGGUGGGAGCCUUCGUGUCCUGGAUCGACCUCAAUCUCAUAGCCAACGACAGGUUUGUGAAUCUGUUGCUCAGUCACAUGUCCAUGGAGGAGCUGCGGGAGGCUGCGUGUGAUUGUCUGUUUGAGAUUGUCAAUAAAGGCAUGGAUCCUGUGGACAAAACCAAACUGGUGGAGUCUCUGUGUCAGGUGCUGCAGUCCGCUGGCUUCUUCAAUGUGGAGCAGGAGGAGGAUGUGGAUUUUCUGGCCAAGUUCUCUCGGCUGGUGAACGGGAUGGGUCAGUCUCUGGUACUGAGCUGGACCAAACUCAGCAAGACAACAGAUGAGAAGCUUUCUGCAGAAACACUGCGUGCUGUCGAGUCCAAGGUUCCUCUGAUGCUACAGCUGCUAAUCCAUGAAGAUGACGACAUUUCAGCUAACAUCGUCUGCUUCUGUUACGACUACCUGCAUGUGCUCAAACAGCUUCCAGCACUCAACGAGCAGCAGAAGAGUAAUGUGGAGGCGAUCAUGCUGGCUGUGAUGAGCAAACUUAAGUAUGAUGACGAGUAUAACUUUGAGAAUGAGGGUGAAGAUGAGGCCAUGUUUGUGGAGUACAGGAAGCAGUUGAAGAUGCUGCUGGACCGACUGGCGCAGGUUUCUCCCGAGCUGCUGCUGGAGGCUGUGCACAGAGUCUUCAACGCCACCAUGCAGAGCUGGCAGACAGUGCAGUUCAUGGAGGUGGAGGUGUCCAUCCGUCUGCUGUAUAUGUUGGGUGAAGCUCUUCCAGCGUCUCACGGAGCUCAUUUCUCUGGAGACUCUGCCAAAACCAGCACACUGCAGGCUAUGAUGAGAACCCUCGUCUCCUGUGGUGUCAGUGAGUAUCAGCAUUCCUCUGUGACUCUGGAGUUCUUCGAGACCGUUGUCCGCUAUGAUAAAUUCUUCCUGGUGGAGCCGCAGCACAUUCCCGCUGUCCUGAUGGCGUUUUUAGACCACCGCGGUCUGAGACACAGCAGCCCAAAGGUGCGCAGUCGAGUGGCUUACCUGUUCUCACGCUUCAUCAAAACCCUGCAUAAGCACAUGAAUGCAUUUAUCGAGGACAUUCUCAGCAGAAUACAGGACCUGUUAGAGCUCGCUCCACCGGAGAAUGGAUUCCCAGCGCUGUUGAGCAGUGACGAUCAGCUGUUCAUGUUUGAGACGGCGGGUGUGCUGAUAGUGAACGGUGAGUCUCCAGCGGAGCGUAAGCAGGGUCUGAUGCGCGGGCUGCUCUCUCCGCUGAUGGAGGCCUUCAGGAUGCUGCUGGAGAAGCUGCCGCUGGAGCCGGACGAGGAGCGGCAGACGGCGCUGGCAGACUGCCUCAGUCACGCUGUGGGCUUCGCCAGCCGCACCAGUAAGGCAUUCAGCAAUAAGCAGACAGUGAAGCAGUGCGGCUGCUCGGAGGUGUAUCUGGACUGCCUGCAGACGUUCCUGCCGGCGCUCAGCUGUCCUGUGCAGCGCGGAGCUCUGCGCAGCGCCGUCCGCUCCUUCCUGCACCGCAUGAUCAUCUGCCUGGAGGAGGAGGUGCUGCCCUUCAUCCCCGCCGCAUCCCAGCACAUGCUGAAGGACUGCGAGGCCCGAGACCUGCAGGAGUUCAUCCCGCUCAUCAGCCAGAUCACUGCUAAAUUCAAGAACCAGGUGUCCCCGUUCCUGCAGGAGAUCUUCAUGCCGCUGGUGAUGUCCAUCUUUGAGGUGUUGUCUCGUCCUGCGGAGGAGAACGAUCAGACGGCGGCACUGGAGAAGCAGAUGCUGAGGAGGAGUUACUUCAGCUUCAUCCAGACCAUCGCCAGCAGCAGCAGCAGUCAGGUCAUGGCCAGUCAGGGAGCAGAGAACAUCGAGCGUGUGCUGUUCACUAUCAUUCAGGGUGCUGUGGAUUUCCCAGACCCUGUCGCUCAGAAGACCUGCUUCAUCAUCCUGUCCAGACUGGUGGAGCUCUGGGGUGGAAAAGACGGUUUGGUGGGAUUUCCGGAUUUCAUCUAUAAGCACAUUAUUCCUGCAUGCUUCAUGGCUCCGCUCAAAGCGACCUUUGACCUUUCAGAUGCGCAGACAGUUCUGACGCUGUCCGAGUGUUCGCUGACGCUGCACAUGAUUCAUCUCAAAAGAGGGCCCGAGUGUCUUCAGUUUCUGCAGGAGUAUCUGCCCUCACUGCAUGUCUCUCCUGAAAUCACACAGGAACUGUGUCAAGUGCUUCAGCAGCCAGAUGUUAAAGUCCUGAAAAACUACAUGAAGGUUUUCUUCCAGCAGGCCAAACUUUAAACCUGUAAGUGUGAAGCGGAGGCCGACAGACAGCGCCACCUACAGACCACCAUAAUGACAGAGCUUUAGCAUAGGAGCUACUUUUGCACUUAAAGAAGCUGAACCACACCCAUCCUGCCUGCGGGACACCGACCCAACAGGAGUCACGUGGGGAUUGGCUGGCACGUGACGUGACCACGCCCCAACACUGACCUCGGCCCUAUCAGAGUUGAGCUCUCCACGGCGGUUUAGCCACCCAGACUGAAAGCGAGGUCUGUGAUUGGACGAGACGGAGAGCCAAUGGGGUUUGUGAGGGUGGGGGGCGGGGCUUCUGGACAGAAUUUCAAAGGAAAUCAUUUCCAUUUGAAAUGCACCGUAAUUGUUACAGAGGAUUCUGGUGGUUACUAGAACGAGUUGAAAUGAAAUGUUUAUUAUUUCUUCCUUUUGCGUGUGCGAGAAAUCUGAUUAUUUUUUUCUCAAAGUUCUGUUUAAGAAGGGCCUGAUUCCGAUUAUUUAAUUUAGUUGUUGUUUUUUUUUAAUUUGUAAAAAUGAAGCAUAGGUUUUAGUUUGAGGUGAUGAUGAGCUUAAUAAAUGGAAGUGCUCUUGA